CUCCUCUUGACACGCGACGGGCGACGGCAACGAGAACAGCGACGACAGCAGCAUUUGCGCACAACAGCGCUUGCACAUAUCUCCGGUCCUGGCAUUAUUGCAUCUGUGUCAUGUUCGCCGCCUGCGCGUGAUUGGCAUGACAUCGCCAUCCGCAGCACUACUACCGCAUACCCCACACUGUGAUACCCCCUGCACGCUGAAAGCUGGAGAAGAUGGACAGCGUCAAUGUCUCUGAAUUGGUCGCCCGCCUCGGCGCGGAGGAGGAGUCGGUGCGCAAAAUGGCCGUCUUCAAACUCCAGAAUGCCAUCGGCGACCCUUCAUUCGCUGAUGUCUUCAUCUACGAAGGGGGCCUGCCCAAGCUGCGCUUCCUGGCCCUGCACUCGACCGGAAACACACUGGCCUAUUGUCUCACCUCUCUGGCCCGCCUGCUCGAGCUGGACAAAGGAUGGGACCAUGUCACGGAUGAUUUGAUUGCAAGAAUAGUCGACCUCGUCGUCGCACAACCACUUGUCAACGUCAACCGAGGUGCCAUGUCAGUCCUCGCUGUAAUCGUUGGUCAUCCCUCACACCGAAGCUCCCACUCGAGCACUACAGGCUUCCAGCGCCUCAAGCCAGCCGUCGACGCCCAGCCCCAGUUCCUGUCAUCCUUGGUUGAGAAGAUUGCGUCGGCCGACCAUGCGCUCUGUGCGAACUCCCUCCAGCUUAUCAAUGCGUUGAUGCGUGACGCCAUUGCAAACGAUGCUGCCUUCGAAUGGCCCAAGUUCAUAAAGCAGCUCCAGGAACUGGGCGUGAUCAAGAGCGUAUAUGGGCUCAUGCAGAGUACCGCAAUACAAGACCUAGCCCACCCGUUGUUGGACUUUCAAACAUUGACCAAGACGUUGCUGAGGAAUUGGAGGGAAGAAAAGGUGGAUCUGGAAAAUCCCGACCAUCGAAGAGCUAUUCGGGGCCUACACACUGCGAGUCAACCAGACAGGCCAUCGUCAGAUCCAAAAGGCAGCAAGAAGCAUCACCCGGAAAAAUGGAGCCGGCUGGGGUUCGAGACGGAGGAGCCGGCAUGGGAGUUCAGCGGGACUGGAUUCUUGGGGCUUAUGGAUGUUACCGACUUUGUUUAUAAAAACGAAGAUGGCUUUCAGAAGCUUUUACUGGAGCAGUCGGCCGAGCCAGCCGAGCAGCGGUGUCCGAUUGCUCGGGCGAGUCUUUCGGUCACGCAAACACUAUAUGAGCAUUUUGAAGUGGAUAAAUUGGAUGACGUUGAGUCUCUCCGCCAUACCGACUCGCGGGCCAACUUUGACCGAGCAUUCAAGCCUCUGUUGCUGCAUUGGUCUAGGUUACACACAAGUGGUCUGAAUGCCUUCAUCCGACUGUGGAAAGCAGCAGGCGCGCAGAUUGAAGACUUUGAAAAGAUUGAGGAACUGAUUCGCAUCUUGAUUGAGCAGGUGGUCGGGCAGGCACCACGAAUGAAGGAUGUCAAGGAAAUUGAAGAGGAGCUGGCAGAGUUUGAGCUCAAGCGGCUGCGAGAAUUGCAGAUGGAGGUGCUUGAACUGACGUAUGAAGAUGCAUGGGGCCAUCACCUGCGUCAAGUUCGCGACGAGCUCAAUCACGAGGCGCUGCAGUUUGUCAAAGAGCAACGUAUAAGAUGUUUGCUUCAGGGCGCAUGGUUCCCAAUGGGAACAGACUUUGGCACAAACACCGGCCCAGUGGCUGGCAACCGUGCAGUGCCUUCGUCGUGGCGCUUUGUUCGACUGUCACACAACCGGCGAUACCUGCACUACGCUGACUUUGAUGAAAAGACGGCGACAGAGCCGAAAUUAGAUGCCCUGCAGGAAAAGAUCGAUUUGUCCAUUGUCUCAUCGGUUGUGAGCAAUGUCUCGGCUUCGGCCCCAUCGACAUCAUCGUCUGACAGUACGGUGAGGACGCUGCCAGGCCAUGAGCGGGCGUCGACAUCAACCAAAAUCACAAUCCACGGGUACAUGGCUCUGUCCAAUCAUGCACGGCAGACGUCGAGUGGGUCGGGUGCAGGACGCAAAGAAACCGUACUGUUGCAUCUGCACCCUCAAAGCCAUACCCUUGCUUCCGAGUGGCUUGAUGGGCUGCUGAUGCUUCUCAACCAACAGCCGAUUACGGCGAAUACCAACAAGCUUGUGACAUUUAUCGGGGGCUAUGGGCUCAAGAUCCGGCUGCUGAACGUACGGUACGAGGACGUGGGGCUGGAGGAGCCAGUGCUCCCCAGCCGCGAAGGGCUGGACGACGAGUAUUACUAUGACAUUGCAGGAGCUUGAGGAGGAGAGCGACAGGCAGUUGCCUGCAGACGAGGGGGUCUUUUGACAAGCAAGUGCAAGCAAGAUGGAUGUGCACGGUGGAGGUGGGUAUGUAUGUGGGAAGGAGUGGUUGGGGCCGGAACAGGGCGGGGUGCAGGCUGUUGGGUAGGCUAAGGACAAGUGUGCAAAGUCCACUUUAUAGUGCUUGGGGGUGGCAUGGCGGGGUAUGUGCCGAAGGAGGUGAUUGCUGGCGAGCUGAGGAUGUUCAGACUGGCGGUUGGGGGCUGGCGGUUGGCCGGUGACGGCGGGUAGCGGAGGCGCUUCUCUUGAGAUACCCUUUCCUUUGUUGGAUACUUGGUGUACUUUCUCUACUUGGUUACAUUCGCACUUGGAUAUUGCAUGCCACAAGAUCAGCAUCAGCAACCUAUUUGGUGCUGCAACGAAUCAGCCGGCGGCCAGACGAGUGAGUGCU